AGUGGAUUUUUCCAUGUCACGUAUGGGCACGCCGAUGUCCAUGGACGAUGUUAAUAUAUCCCCCAUUGAGAAUACUUCGUCUCAGAGUACGCUAUCUCAUCAGCAUCGAUUCUCUGCUGAAGCGUUGCAAAUUGGUACCUGGAAACGGAUCAGCUUGCAAAGUCAAGACCUUGUAUGUCAAUACGAUACCCAGCAGCAUCACAUGGUAUGGUGUAUUCAGGACGGUACUCAAAGAUUCAAGAUGGAGUUUAGCGUGGAACGCAUUCAACGGAUUCGAUUGGAACCUCUCCUUGAACGAUUGGGUUGGGCGCGUCUUGAAAUUCAUUUGGAUCAACCCCAAUUGGCGUUUUACAUGGAAGAUGUCUCGCAACAAUGCUGGACUCAGUGCCGUGAUUUCACCCAAGAUCGACAAGCGACAACCACGCUGAUUCAUCAACUGGACGGUCCGGCCCUGGCCCUGAGAGCGGAGCUUACACGUAUCGCUCAAGAUGAUGCUUAUGUGCAACAAGCCCUCGCACAGUCAGAUCAACCCAGUUUAUUGAGUAACACCCCAAGUUUAUUGGAUCCAACUCAGAUCCCAAACUCUAAUUCUUCCAUGAUUUUCCCGAAUGUCCAUCCCAUGUCGUCCGCCCCUACCACAAUGAUGAUGGCCAUGAACCACGACACCCACUCUCAUCCGCAUGGCUUUGAUAAGAAACAACAAGAUCAAGAUGAAUUUUUACUGUUCCAAACCCUAGAUCCUCCCUCCUAAUAAAAAAAAAAUAGCCAUGUGUCUGUGGUUUAACAUGACGAUCCGCUGUCAUUUUCCCA